AGCACAUCUCUAUAAACAAGUCACCGACCGCUUUAAAUACUGAUAAUAAACAGCUGAUUAUAAUGAAGGUAUAUCAAAAUAUCAAUAAAGUGCAACAUCUGCUCUCGAUUUAAAAAUGAAUAAAAUGUGAUCUCAACGAAACGAGAGUACGGGUUAGGAUUCAAGGCGCGAGUGGUUGUGUGACGUCAUGCAGUUCAAAAUGAACAGCAAAAUUAUUAUACUUUUGCUAGUGAAUAUUCUAGUAUGCCUAGCAGAAAUACCCAUUGUAAUCAAUACGUGGAAAUUUCAACAUUCUGCACAAAAAGCAUGGAGUGUGCUGAAUGAAGGUGGAGACUCAGCAUUAGAUGCUCUAACUGCUGGCUGUGAAGUAUGCCAAAACGAACAAUGUGAUUUUACAGUAGGAUUCGGGGGAUCCCCUGACGAAAACGGGGAAACCACAUUGGAUGCAAUGAUAUUUGAUGGCGACACUAUGGAUAUGGGAGCGGUAGGUGGAAUAAGAAGCAUUAAAAACGUCAUAAAAGUUGCAAGGCACGUCCUUGAACGCACAGAGCAUUCCUUAUUGGUAGGAAGCUUGGCGACGCAGUUUGCGAAGAGUUUCGGAUUACCCAAGGAACCGUUAGCGACCAACUACUCCCUGAACUUGUGGAGGGAGUGGAGGUUAAACAACUGUCAACCUAAUUUUUGGAAGAAUGUCGAACCAGAUCCUAAAAGUAAGUGUGGCCCAUAUAAACCUGCAAACUUUGAAAGCGAAAGUGAUGUUGCAAGUAAAUUCGACACAGGAAAUCACGAUACAAUUGGUAUGAUCGUUAUAUCAAGAAGAGGUCAUGUUGUAGCUGGUACUUCAACCAAUGGAGCAAAAUUCAAGAUACCAGGAAGGGUGGGUGAUUCACCCAUCCCUGGGGCCGGAGCCUAUGCAGAUAGCAAAAUCGGUGCUGCGGCAGCCACUGGAGAUGGAGAUAUUAUGAUGAGAUUUCUUCCCAGGUGGUGUUACCAGAACCUUUAAAUUUUGAAGCAGCAUCCCCCAAACCCGAUUUUUUUUUCAAAACUAGCUAAAUCCAAGAAGGUGUUUAUGUUUUCCGAAAAACUGUUGAAGUCAGAUUUUUUCGAGAACAAAAUGUUACCACCUAUUCCUCAUAUAACAGCCCCAAUUUGCUUAUUUUAUGGCCAAUAGCAAACUUGCGUUUUUCCUGAAAAAUGUCCUGAAGCAGUUUUCUGGCAGUGGAACAGCUGAGGCUAGGUGCCUCGCCGUCGAAAGCGGCCAAAAUAGCAAUCACAAGAAUCGCUGAAAGAUAUCCAAAAUUUUUCGGUGGUAUCGUAGUGACUGACAAUAAAGGAGAAAUUGGUGCCGCCUGUAAUGGGAUGGAAAAAUUCCCUUUCACUGUUGCAAACGAAAGAUUUCCGGAAGGCAUCACAAAAUAUGUUUCUUGUACAGAUUAUACAAAUAAAUAAUUGAUUAAAGAAUAUAGCAAAUAUAGAUCGUUAUCCAAAAGUAAGUUAGUAGUUGUGUUUGGAAAAUAACUGAAAUUUUUAAGUAUCGCCGGCUUGGACAGUCCGAUUGUCAAACAUUUUUUUAUUAGGUUGAUAUCAUGUCCCUGAAGUAUUGAAAAAUGUUCAGCUGUAUUCAUUGUUUACUUAUAUCAUGUUUCGUAAAAAAUAAAAUAAAUACUGUGUGUGAAAU